AUGGCGGAUGCAUCCAAUACGAAACGUUCAAACUUGGAUCUUGAUAACCAGGUCCAUGCUACCGGUACUAUGGCUGACAAGACCAGAAAGGCUACUAGUUCUCCCGCUUUCUCACAAGAGCAACAUCGAACAACAAAGCACCUGGCACUAGGCGUCACUAACAGCUUUCAGCAAACCAUCCUGGAGGGCGUCAUGGAGCAAUAUUGGACGCCUUUCAAACCUGAACCCCCGAUGAAGCAACUGUUAGCUGAACUUCUCGACCUAGAACCUUCGAGUGUAGAUAAAUGGUUUCUAAACUGA